AUGGCUUUCGCGCCGUUACCCGUGCGAGCUAAGUUCGUAUUUCCACCGCUAGGGGCGCCACGUGCGCUGCCAUUGAGUCGGAAAAUCGUCGGUGAAACGAUCCCAUUCUUUUCCCUGACAGUUUCGGCAGUGAUUCAGGUGCUGAAUCUAUCAGCUACGAAAAGGGAAUCGCGAUCGAAGACUGGCCACAAAACGCCACCGUUCUUACAAUUUUUAAAAAAGGAACCUACUUCCUACGGGUUCCCGCGAGCGUUCCGCGUUCGCGCGCUGUUGGCACACCUGUUCGGCGGGCGAUCGCCGAGCGCUCGGAUCGUUAGGGCGGGGGGCGAGGGCGCGUGCGCGCGUCCAACCCGCCGGCCAGUCGGCCGCGAGCUACCGGCGCCUGCAUACCUCGCCCGGCAACCCGGACUCCCGCCACGCCCGCCGCACGACUCCAACGCGACGGGGCACCGCGCAUGCGGCCAUCGAUCCGGCGCACUCGAAACGGCACCCCGCCGCCGCGCGACUGUCGGCCCGCUGCGCUCCCGCCGCGCGCGCCGUAGGGGCGCUAAUCGCGUGCACGCCCGCGCCGCAAUGGCGGCCGGGAAUUAUGUAAGGGGCGCGCUAUUGUCCCGCGCGGGCGAGACGAUUUUUGCGCGAUACGCGGCCGAUAGCGUCGCU